AUGAAUGUUAUAACUAUUGAAGAUUAUAAGAGCACUUACUGGCCAAAAUUGGAUGGUGCCAUAGAUCAGCUUUUAACCCAGAGUCCUGGUGACUAUAUCCCCAUAUCCUAUGAACAGAUAUACAGUUGUGUGUAUAAAUGUGUCUGCCAGCAGCAUUCAGAACAGAUGUACAGUGAUCUGAUUAAAAAGAUAACUAAUCACCUAGAGAGAGUCUCGAAGGAGCUGCAGGCCAGCCCUCCAGAUCUCUAUAUUGAAAGAUUUAAUAUAGCCCUUGGACAAUAUAUGGGAGCAUUGCAGAGCAUUGUGCCUCUUUUCAUAUAUAUGAAUAAGUUUUACAUCGAAACCAAGCUUAACAGAGACCUAAAAGAUGACCUUAUAAAGCUGUUUACGGAACAUGUUGCAGAAAAGCACAUUUACAGCCUAAUGCCUUUACUCUUAGAAGCCCAGUCAACACCAUUUCAGGUCACACCUUCAACUAUGGCAAAUAUUGUGAAAGGCCUAUACACUCUCAGACCAGAGUGGGUUCAGAUGGCUCCAACUCUGUUUUCUAAAUUUAUUCCAAACAUUCUCCCUCCGGCGGUGGAGUCUGAACUUUCUGAAUAUGCUGCUGAAGAUCAGAAACUUCAAAGAGAACUUAUACAGAAUGGUUUUACGAGAGGUGACCAGUCCCGGAAAAGAGCUGGGGAUGAGUUGGCUUAUAACAGCUCAUCAGCGUGUGCAAGUUCCAGAGGGUACAGAUAG